CUGACGCACACCCUUAAAAUAAUAACCCAUGUAAAUACGGGUAAGCCUGCAUCGCCUCACUGUGCAAAUGGCAUCAGCGCGCGUAACUACGGCGCGCCGGUUGGUAGGAGUGUUAAGGUGAGGGUGUGUUAAAGGCCAAAUGUUUUGGUAAACCCGCUACUUCGAUGAGCGACAAACGAGAGAAGGGCCUGGUACACAGUGCGCCCAUCGGACUAUGCCUUCCCCAGCUCGGGAGGAGAGCAAAGGAGAGAGCGGACAGGCAGAGGACGGAGCGACGGACAGGGACAGGGAACGAGGGACAGACGGCCAACUCAUGUGCGCUCUGGAGAUGGAGAUGACAAACCGCAGCCUGCAGGGAGACUCCAAAGUGGACUGUGUGAAUUGCGAUGGCUUGAUCAACCGAAACGGCGGGGGCUCGACGGUGGCCGUGCCGCUGUCACUUCCCGGGAAGCGGACAGCUCACAUGGAGGGAGACGACCUCUACAGACUGCGGGACAGAAAGUUUUUAUUAGAGGAUAAAAAGCGCCUUUGCGCGUUGGCUCUGGGCACAGCUCUGCUCGGGAUACUGCUCAUGAUAAUCCACGCCGAAAUAUGUCCCUCCUUUUACAAACCGGGCUCAAACAUUGCCUUAUUCGUCAACUGUUCCAUCAGCCUGUCCACUGGGUGUCUCCUGAUCCUCAUCAUAGCUUUCCAUUAUAAGGACAUCAGGCUGUUCAUCAUUGACCACAACCAGGUAGACUGGUGCAUUGCCAUGACCAGCCAGAGGGUUCUUGUGAUCAUUCUGGAGCUGUCGGUCUGUGUCAUCCAUCCUGUUGGCACAUACUGGGAGGUGGGCAUCCAUACCAAUUCCUCUUCCUCAGCUUCGCUUUGUGUUUCCAAGGACAUGAUGAACUUGGAGCUGCUGCUUUCAGUGCUGAUGUUCCUCCGCUUGUACUGGGUGCACAGAGCCAUCCUGCUGCACAGCAAAGUCCUGCUGAGCGCCUCCUACAGGAGCAUCGGCUCCCUCAACAACAUCAACUUCACCUUCCGCUUUGUACUCAAGAUACUGAUGAACAAAUACCCGGCACGCACGUUGCUGGUCUUCAUCAGCUUCUUCUGGAUCACUGCUUCCUGGAUGCUCACUCUGUGUGAAAGAAAGACCCAAGCAGCAACAGGUCACAUGGACACAGCUAUGUGGCUCAUAGCCAUCACCUUCCUCACAGUGGGCUACGGGGAUGUAGCGCCCACUACCAGCUGUGGCAAGGCGGUUUGUCUCUUCACUGGAGUCAUGCUGAGAAGAGGAAACCAGGUAAAGACUUUUAUCAUUAUCCACAGUGGACAUGGAAUCAGCACAGUGUUUUGUCCGUGUUUCCUGUGACGUGUCUAUUUGUGUGACCGUGGAUGUGAUCUACUCUGCGGCCCCUUUGAAUCCUUACCAUCAGCCUGUAGCUCCAUGUCCAGCAAUAGCACACAGCUAUUCUCAGAGGAAAGCAGCGCUGCAGCAGUGCCACAGAGGCCCGUGUUUAACCAUUGAACUCUCUGUGUAAAUAUAACUUUGAUUUAUUGGACAAAACCAUAUGAGGUAUGAAGAUCAACAUUUCUGAAGAAGUGCUUUCCCUUGAGGGUCAUGGCGGAGCAAAACACACGAGGUUGAGGAUGUAGACAAAUUCAGCCUCAAAAUCAGACUGUAAAAGUUCACAUCAGUUUCUCUUGAGUUCUGCCUUGUUGAUGUCACUGCAGUAUCCAGGAACAAUCUCAAACACUUUCUCUCAGGCUGUUUAGAAGACAGGCAGAUGGUAGACAUAUCAGUAACCUCACCAACCCCCCUGUGUGUGUGUGUGUGUGUUGGAUUUUAGGGUGUAGCCUGCACUGCCAUGCUGGUUGCAGUCGUUAGCAAGACGCUGGCGUUGAAUAAAGGAGAGAAACAUGUGCACUUCUUCAUGCUGGACAUCCAGAUCUCCAAAAGGGGCCAGAGUGACAUCAUCACGGGGCAGUUACAGUGAUUUGUGCAGGAAGACAAACAGACGUGAAUAGAAUCAAAGAGAAAGAUCCGCCACGCUGCUGCUAAUGUGCUGAGGGAAUGCUGGCUUCUGCACCGCACAAACCUGACAAGGGGCAACCGCGGUGAGCAGCGAAGACACCAGAGAUGCCUUCUGGAAGCCAUCAGAGUAUUUCGGCAUCUACGCCUCAAACAAAAAAAACUGAGAGAUUACGUCAGUGAGAUGGUGGACCUCCCGAAGAUGCAGAUGAUCAUGUGUGACCUCAGUGCCAAUUGGAAUAACUCCUAUCGAGAGCUGGAGCAGCGUAUCCUUUCCAUGGAGCAGAAGCUGGACGAACUGAGUCGCUGCUUCCAACAAACCUCUGAGAUGCUGUCUCAGGUCCUACGUCACCGCAACCCAGAGAUCAGGUGACAUGGCUACAAUUUACUUGCUACGGAGACACAUAAUUGUCUUCAGUGUUUUCAUCUACAGUAUCCAUGAAAGUGAGAUGGUAAAUCCUUUCCACCCAGAGCUGCUCCAGACUCUUUAACAUGCUGAACCACUUGGAGGACUGGCAUACCUACUAAAGAUCUCAUCUUCUGGCCCUGUGCUGAGUGCACGGCACAGUGACUCAUGGCUGUAAAAUUAUAAAUACGUCUCCCAUCCACUGUGGGAGAAUCGCACAGCGUAUUUUGAGAAAUCUGUUGUGUUUCCAGCAGUUAUAUUUGUGAUGGUGCACAAAGAACUGAAUCAAUCUCAAACAAGGACUGUGGAGAGCCUUAUGAUGCACACAAAUGUCAAAGGCUCCAGAGUUUGCUCUUUUAACUAUUUGUAAUAUUUCAUUGAAGGACUGUGUUACUGCCUCAUUGCCAUGCAAUCAGAUACACUUUUUUACAUGUUAAUUUUAUUUGCAAUAUUAUACAGUUUUAGCCUAAUCAGUUCAAGAAAACACUCGCAAAUCCUCUUUUUGAUAAGCAGACAGUUUAAUGGUUAAAAGGUUGAAUAUUGUUCGCAAACAGGCUUCCUGAAUACAAUCACUGGCAAAUCCCUAUUCUACUUACCUCUGACCCAUCAAGUGAAUUCACGUGAAUGAAAUUUUGAUUCUCAAAUAAGAGAAAAAAAUAACUAAACUUUGAUUUUAAGGGAAAAAUCUUUAUUUCUAACUGUAAAUCCUUGGGAUUUUAAGGGAUGUAAUCUGAAACUCGUAGAUUAAUAUGUAUGUUUAAGGUUGUAAUCAUCCAAUGUAAUCAUUACAGUUUACACCUGCUCUGAGAACAAUGAAACUUGGGCAAAGUUGUCAUUCAGCAACCAAACAGCUCCAUCUAGUGGUCAUGAAUGAAGUAAACUACAUAAAAUUGAGGGCUGUGAACAUUAAAACUAUGAUUAUAUAACAACUAUUUUAAAAAAUCAUAUGCUAUUUUCAACCUGAAUACCAAGACCUCUAUGACGUCUUACAGGAGAACAACAUUUGAAUCAUGUGUAGUGAAAACAGAUCUAAAGAAAAAAAAAAGAGGACUCAGAAACUUCCAUACAAACCUCACUGUUAAGAAUGCACUUUGUGAGAAAAAAAAAUAGAAAAACUGGAUCGACUCUUUCUCUGGAGGAUAAACUGGAGUUUUGAUGUGUUUUAACUUAAUCCAAUACUGAAAAGUAAAGCUCCUCGCGGGUUAAUUUGUACUCUGGUUUGUUGUAAAAAAGAACCGAAGAGGGACUCUUUCUAACCCUGUUUACUAUGUAUCAUUUGCACAUGGUGUAAACAUGUUAACAACCAUCCAAGACAUGCUUAUAAUUAAAAGCCAUUAAAAAUU